UGGUUAUUUUGUCGUUGGUGUCUGGUACAUGGUGUGGGCAUUCAGUAGCAGCACUGGUAAUAAAGACAACCGCCGGGUCCGUCUUCACCAGUUCGUUCACCGCUGCAUUCAUCAACCACGCUAGUACGAGUACAUGCUACACUCUGCCAACCUUUUCUUUUCCUAGCGUAGAAUUCCUGUCCUCUCUUUGGCAACGUCAUUACCACUUGCUAACGCUCGAAAGCAAUCAUGCCUAAGUACGUACUGACCUACUUCAAUGUUCGUGCUCGUGGUGAGCUAAGCAGAUUGGCUCUGGUGUACGCUGGGGCUGACUGGGAGGACAAACGAUUGCAGCUACAAGGAGAAACGUGGCAAGAACUCAAACCAGACUCGCAGUUAAAAGUUCUGCCGGAACUGAGUGUGGAGGGAGGUUACAGAGUGAGUGAAAGCACUGUCAUCCCUCAGUACAUUGCCGAAAAGCAUGACUUUGGUGGAUCAAAUGCAGAAGAGAGAGGUUUGGUUUGCAUGAUUGUAAAACAUCUUGACGACCUAUUUGUCAACCUUGGCAAAGGCCAUUUUGAGAAGGAUGAGGCAAAAAAGGCAGAACUAAUCAAGGAGCUUGGAGAGAAGCACCUCCCAAACACACUGGAAAAUCUUGAACAGAUUGCCCAGGCCAACGGCAAGGGUGUGCUUGUUGGCGACAAUAUCACAACUGCAGACCUGCAACUACACAAUAUUGCGUUCAAUCUGCUCAGGUGGAAGGACACCGUACUGGAUGCGUACCCCACCCUCAAGACUAUUUACGCAAAGGUCGUUGCUGUGCCAAGCAUUGCUGACUGGCUGAAGAGCCGUCCGGAGAGCCAGUACUAAAUUGUUUGUGAUGUGACUGAAAAAAUGCUGAAAUUCUGUGGACGAAGGUUCUUCCACAUAUCAAUCUCUUGAACAAACGCAUAUUUGUAUUUUUGACCAUUAUCUUUGCACAGCUGACUAAUUCUUGUCUUAGGCACAUCGACCCAUGAUGUAGAGUCACCAGGGAUGCAAUCUCAUUGGACCCACUGCUGGAUUCCCUCACUUCACUAUAAGAACUUUCCAAUCCAUGGUCUGACCCAUGAUUGCAUGGCCCCAGCAGUGUGUAUACAUGACAUUGUGUAGACAUAGUGUAUGAACACCAGUUUGCAAACAGAUGUGCAAAACUCCACUUCUUUUAUCGAUGUACAUGAAUGUAGCAUCGCCGGAACAGAAAUCCCGUGAUUUGAAUGCUUUUUGGGGGGAAAUAGACAGUUCAGAUAUUCGACCAUGUGCUUGUAUCACUCUCCAUCACAUUCUCAUAAUGUGGCCUGCUGAUUGCACCCUCUUGAACGCAGUGUCAUAGUUUCAGAAUCGUCUUUUCUUUCCACAGCCGUCUUAGCUGACUACACGUGUUUGUAGUUGCCGUUCGUCGGUCCCAGGUUUUUGGAAGGGCAUACUUGUACUUGAUACAUUAAAUUGUACUCUGA